AUGGGAGCCCCUCCCGUCUUCGUCCUCCUGUGUCUACAGCUGAUUCUUGUGGCGCCGUGGCAGGGCGAGACAUCAGCUAGAGCUCUCAACUUCACGAGGCAGGAUUUCCCUCCGGACUUCAUCUUUGGGGCAGGCACAUCAGCGUAUCAGUACGAGGGGGCAACCGAUGAAGAUGGAAGGAGCCCAAGCAUCUGGGACACUUUUACUCAUGAAGGGAGGAUGCCGGACACGAGCACCGGUGAUCUGGGCUCAGACGGCUACCAUAAAUACAAGGAGGAUGUGAAGCUGAUGAGUGAUACUGGCCUGGAGGCCUACCGCUUCUCCAUUUCUUGGUCCAUGCUUAUUCCAAGAGGAAGAGGACCCAUCAACCCCAAGGGGCUCGAGUAUUACAACAAUCUGAUAAACGAGCUAGUAAAACUUGGAAUUGAGAUACACGUGAUCCUGUACCAGCUGGAUUUCCCUCAGAUCCUGGAGGACGAGUACCAGGGGUGGCUGAGCCCCAGGGUCGUGGAGGACUUCACGGCGUACGCGGACGCGUGCUUCAGGGAGUUCGGCGACCGGGUGAGGCACUGGACCACCAUGGACGAGCCCGCCAUCGCCGCCGUCGGCGGCUACGACAGCGGCACCUUAGCGCCCGGCCGCUGCUCCAAGCCGUUUGGCCGGGACGAUGACUGCCCCGCGGGCAACUCCACCGUGGAGCCGUACGUCGCCGCGCACAACUCCAUCCUGGCUCACGCCUCGGCCGUCAAGCUGUACCGAGACAAGUACCAGGCCACGCAGCAGGGCGUCGUCGGCAUGAACGUCUACACCCACUGGUGCUACCGCUUCUCGCCGAGCCCAGCGGACACGGCAGCAGUUCAAAGGACACUAGACUUCGUGAUUGGUUGGACCCUUGACCCCUUGGUGUACGGUGACUACCCCAAGACCAUGAAGGAGAAGGUUGGGUCCCGCCUCCCGCUGUUCACCGAAGAGCAGUCGGCGAUGAUCCGGGGAGCCACUGAUUUCAUCACUGUAAACCACUACACAUCAGUGUACAUCAGCGAUCGAUCGGAUAGUGCAGAGACCGGGCGGCCCCUCGAUGUCUACGGCGACAUGUCUGUUGCCUUCAGAUGUAAGUUCAAUUUUAAGAGUUUUGUUCCAACCAACAUGGUUGUCGAUCCACAGGGGCUGCAAUGUUUGCUCGAGUACCUCAGCGACACCUAUAAGAACAUUCCUGUCUACGUGCAAGAAAAUGGUUUUGCACAGGACUCAAAAGAAUCCAUCUAUGACCAGAAGAGAGUGGACUUCUUGAGAGGCUACAUAGGCAGCACCCUUGCUGCUUUACGUAAUGGUGCAAACGUGAAGGGAUACUUCGUUUGGUCAUUCCUUGACUUGUACGAGUUCUUGGCAGGCUACGGUUCACGAUAUGGUCUUUACCAUGUCGAUUUUCAGGAUGCAGAACUGCCAAGGAAGCCAAAACUCUCAGCCCAGUGGUACUCCAAAUUCUUGAGUGAUGUCGGAAUAAAAGUAGAGAAGACAAACAUCAGUACCGAUGCAAGUUCACAUGCUGAACAGUGAAACUUACUUGUACUGCAAAUAAAGGAGCGUUUCUCUA